UAUCAAAAGAAGAGAGUGAUGGGAAACAAUGGGAAGGAGUGAAGCCGCUUACGCCCUUACUGGCGAUGUUGUCUCCCACUUUGACGAGCUUGCAUCUCCAGAAUAUCCCAAGUUUGAUUGUGGAGCAUUGACUAGAGUUGAUUUGAGUGGCUAUCCAAGUGGGAUGGAGGAGAUGGAAGCUGUCAAGAUUGACACAGUUUCCAAAGUCAAACUCGAUUUCAGGGACUGUUUCAACUUGGAUCCAGAAACUGUCCUUGACCAAGAAUCAAUUGUUUUCAAAUACAUGUUAUUUCCAGGGGAACAAGUGCCAUCAUAUUUCACUUACCGUACUACUGGAGUCUCCUCUCUGACCAUUCCUCUACGUCCCACACAUCUCUCUCACCCAUUCUUCAGAUUUAGGGUUGGCGCAGUGGUAACUAAUGUAAAGCAUGGAAAAAAUAUAAAGGUAAACUGUGAGUUCAAAGACAGGUCGGGGAACAGCUUUCAUGUUGGCUCUGACUUCUAUGUUUAUUUACUUUUCACGAAAAGUCAGAAGGGUAGUCAAAUGUUAACUAUAUUGGAAUGUCGUAUCCCUCUAAACGAAAGUAAUGCUAGUCUAGCUCAAGGGAACUACGAUCACGUGGUUAUGAAUAUUCAUAUAAGUGCUGGAGGUUGGCGAUCUACGUUCGCAUUAAAAGAAUGGGGUAUACGACUCUUAGAGGACUGUUCAUCAGUGGAUAACCGACUUGGUAAUCCAACUAGUACUCUUCCACAUGUCUCUGAAGCCGAAGAAGGCAAUAUGGGAUAUACACCUCUUCAAGGACUUGUUAAUGAGAUUGAACACAGUGAAGAGUCUGUAGAUAACGAUGUAGAGACAGAGAGAAGCACGAAGCGAAUGCGGAUCACGUAAAGGACCACUCAAGAAGACAAGAAACCUAUGACUUGCCCUACCGCUAUACCUAGGACUGGGAGAAACACAUGAUGUCACUUUCAAUCUUUGUUUGUGAAUGUUGCAAUGAGUUGUUUUGCCGGUUAUAAUGGAACAACAAGAUCAAAGGAGAACAUGCAACGACUGAUCUCCAGUAUCUCCCUAGCUAGAGACGUUUAAAGGAGUUGAGGCUCACUGAGGCUACAAGGAAGUUCAUGU